AUGUAUGUUUUCAAUUGUAUUCUUGGUUUUUUAUCGUUAUUUUAUUUAUUAUUUAUUGGAAAAAUUUCAAGUUGUUCAAGUUUAUUAUAUACAGCAGAAAUGCUUUUUCAAAUGAUACCAAUGAAUUUUAAUGCACAUGAAUUAAGUGAAGCUGCGGCAUUUCUUGGUCCAUUUUGUUUUAGUUUAUUUAUUCUGUUGGUUCUGUUUGUUUGUAUGAGUAUGUUUUUAACAAUAAUUAAUGACAGUUUUGGAACUGUUCGAGAUGAGAUUAAACUAAAUGGUGAUGUCGAUCAACAUAUGUUCUCAUUUAUGUUUUAUAAAUUUCAACGUUGGAUAGGUUUAGGAAGAUUGAAUGAAUUACAACGACUGGAAGAACGAGAUGGACAGAUGGGAUCGAAAUAUUUGGAUCCAAUUGAACAUUUUCCAAAUAAAAUCGAUAAACUUUUAGAUGCACUUAAUCGAGUCUAUAUGGAUCAAAUAAUUUCUAAGAAUGAUCUACCUAAUUUAAAAUGUUUCUCAUUAAUGUGUUGUCAUAGUUUCCAAGGAUUUGACAAUGUAAUUGUACGUCUUCUUCAUCGAAUGAUAUAUCUCAAAGAAUUAACUUUAUAUCUUCAUAUCUUUGGUGGAUCUAAAUUCAUCGCUGGCACUCAUCUUGAUAAUGAAAUUCUUAUUCAUAUGCCACAACUUCAUACAUUCAUAUUUUAUAUCGCUUCUGAAAAUGUCAUUGCUGAUCCAACUAUUCGUAUAUCUAAUGAUGAUAUUCAACGAACUUUCACAAAUAUAGAACAUCGACAAGUAGCUUUUAUGGUAGAUUAUUUCGAGCCUUACAAAAUUAUAUGUCGCGUUUUUUCACUUCCAUUUAAAUUUCAUCUUCUUGAACAUAUUGGAAAUAACAUUCCAAAUAUUGUAUUUAAUUCGGUUACUCAUUUGAAAUUAUGGGACAAAGAUGCAUUCAAAUAUGAAUUUUUCGUUCGACUUGCUCGAGCUUUUCCAUUUCUUAAAAAUUUAUCUAUUCACAAUAUUAUACCAUCGUUUUUGGCUCACAAUUAUUAUCUUCGUGAUAAAGACUGGCUCUCAAUUAUUGAAUAUCCUCAUCUUAUUUCACUUGACGUCGAACGUACAUAUAGUGAUUAUGUCGAAAAUUUUCUCAAUGAAACAAAAUCAUAUAUACCUCAUUUAGCAGAAUUAAAAGUCACUUAUUACGCUUUGAAAAUUGUGACAAAAAAUUUUACAAGAAAUGAAACACGACAUAAUUGUGCUGGAGUUAGACAACUAAUUGUUGAAGAUCCAAUAGUUUAUCCGAAAGAUGUCUAUUGUUAUUUUCCUUUAUUGUCAGUUUAA